AUACAUUCGGAUCUCGACCAGAGAUGAGGUGAUCCCAAAAUACCUAGAUAUCAACUCAGAACUUGGAAAUUUAGUAUAAGGAGAGAAAGGGGGAUAUCGACUAUAUGUGUGCCAGUUAUGACUAUCCUCAUAACAUGGCCUGAGGGAUACGGUCUGUCAAUGCUCGGUGUAUGCGUCGGCACAAGAUGGAACUACUUCGGGGAAUUUCUGUCGAGACCCACAGCACGAAAUAACGGUCUCCACCGCCAGACAUUCCUCUACGAAUCCUGGAUGUUUUACAUAGUCAAGGGUUCCCCGCGACGCCUCUGCCGUGCAAGCGGCGGGCGUUGUCACGACUACUUCCAUAGAUACAUGUACAGGUCUCUUACCCAGUUUUCAACAUUGCUCAGCACAUAGCAAUUUCCAAAAUGACAACAUCCAGAGUCUUUGAAGGCAAACUUGCCAUUAUUACCGGUUCUUCGCGAAGCUUCGGCGCCACACUUGCCACAUACUUCGCCUCGCGCGGAGCUAAUGUUGUGAUCAACUACGCAACAUCGGCUUCCGAUAAGAUCGCGACCGAUUUAGCAAACCAUCUCUCCACGACCUACAAGAUCAACGCGCUCCCCGUACGCGCCGAUCUUCUUGACCCUUCCGCCCCGCAAACCAUUGUCAAUGCGGCAAAGGCUCACUUCACCAACCCAGCGGCCACACCUUCGUUCCAGAUCGAUAUCCUGAUCAACAAUGCCGCUGUCGUGAAUGCGCAGCCCAUCCAGGAGCUCGAUCCAGAGCUCUGGGACCAGACGUUCAACAUCAACUGCAAGGCUCCUGCGCUGCUCAUCAAAGCCGCGUUCCCCUACCUUCCUCAUGACAGAUCUGGUAGGAUCGUCAACAUCUCAUCUGCGACCACGACGUGGGGCCUGAUCCAGCAGACAUCCUAUGCUGGCACCAAGGGCGCCAUCGAGGCCAUGACGCGUGUGUGGGCGCGUGAACUUGCUGAGCGCGCAACGGUCAACAGCGUGAGCCCUGGUCCCAUGGACACCGGUCUCCUAAACGGAUUGCCUGAGGCGCCGAGAGAGGCGCUGAAGAUGUACAAUGCGUUGAUCCCGUUGGCAAAGGAGAGACCUGGUGUAGAUAGCGAGGAGAUGUUGAGAUUGGCAGGCGAGAUUGGCGGCAGGCCCGGUACGCUCGAGGAAGUCGCCGGUAUUGUCGGUAUCGCGUGCCUGCCUGAGAGUGGCUGGAUGACGGGUAACCAGCUGGGCGCGAGUGGAGGCGGCGCUUUUGUCAGGUAG